UUAAGUAUUCUCCUUACUGUUUUCUAGCGCCUUCUCUUUUCUUGUUUCUUGAAAAAAAAAAGGGGGUUCUUCUCUUUACCUUAAUCAAGUCCUUAGAAGAUGGCUGACGGGGAGGACAUUCAACCACUCGUUGUUGACAAUGGAACUGGAAUGGUUAAGGCUGGCUUUGCUGGAGAUGAUGCUCCCAGGGCUGUAUUUCCUAGUAUAGUUGGUCGUCCUAGACACCAAGGGGUAAUGGUUGGGAUGGGGCAAAAAGAUGCCUAUGUUGGUGAUGAAGCUCAGUCUAAAAGAGGUAUUCUGACUUUGAAAUAUCCUAUUGAACACGGUAUUGUCAGCAACUGGGAUGACAUGGAGAAAAUUUGGCAUCACACAUUUUACAAUGAGCUUCGUGUUGCUCCUGAGGAGCAUCCUGUUCUUCUUACUGAGGCACCACUUAAUCCCAAGGCAAACCGAGAGAAAAUGACCCAGAUCAUGUUUGAGACCUUCAAUGUGCCAGCCAUGUAUGUUGCAAUCCAGGCUGUUCUCUCUCUGUAUGCUAGUGGUCGUACUACUGGUAUUGUGCUUGAUUCUGGUGAUGGUGUGAGCCACACUGUCCCCAUCUAUGAGGGAUAUGCACUUCCCCAUGCCAUCUUGCGGUUAGAUCUUGCCGGUCGUGAUCUUACUGAUCAUCUCAUGAAGAUUCUCACUGAGAGAGGUUAUAUGUUUACCACAUCUGCUGAGCGGGAAAUUGUUCGUGAUGUGAAGGAGAAGCUUGCCUAUGUUGCAUUGGAUUUUGAACAGGAGCUUGACACAGCAACGAGUAGUUCAGCAGUUGAGAAGAGCUACGAGCUUCCCGAUGGACAAGUGAUCACUAUUGGUGCUGAGAGGUUCCGAUGCCCUGAGGUUCUCUUCCAGCCAUCGUUGAUCGGAAUGGAAGCAGCAGGAAUUCAUGAAACAACGUACAACUCGAUCAUGAAAUGUGAUGUGGAUAUUAGGAAGGAUUUAUACGGGAAUAUUGUGCUCAGUGGUGGAUCAACUAUGUUCCCUGGCAUAGCAGAUCGUAUGAGCAAGGAAAUCACUGCUCUUGCUCCAAGCAGCAUGAAGAUCAAGGUGGUUGCACCACCCGAGAGGAAGUACAGUGUCUGGAUAGGAGGAUCAAUUCUAGCUUCUCUUAGUACUUUCCAACAAAUGUGGAUUUCAAAGGCCGAGUAUGAUGAAUCUGGUCCUUCAAUUGUUCACAGGAAGUGCUUCUAAGCUUGGUCAAGACAGUUGUGGUUAUAUUCCUCAUGUAAUCAGAGGUUUUCCAAUAGCGUGGAAUGUGGAUUUGCUGGCAGUUUUGAACUCCAUAUAUAUAUAUAUACUAGAAAAUACAUCAGACGUGAAUUUGCAAUGGUUUAUGUUCUGUGUUGGUAACUGAACGAUAGGUUUCGUAGUGCUUUAUAUUAUUCUAAGGUGGAACAUUUAGCUUUCAAGAUGUUAUGAAUGUUAUAUGAUAAUAUAAUGGUAUUGAAGAGUGAGAUAUUGGAUU